AUGCCUAAUUUACUAUCGCGAAAUCCAUUUCACCACCAUGAGGGUGAUGGUGGUUUGACUAGAAAUUCCAGAUCGAUUUUGAAUUUUAUGAAUCGUCGACAGAGUAAUGAUUCUGUAAAGAGUGAUAAGUCAUCCGACUCUCUUCAGGCCCAUUUUACGCAUGCUCAUGAGCAAGCCACGGCGACGUCUACGACGUCGCCAAGGCCGUCUCAUUCGAUGGCUGAAUUGAAACGUUUUUUUCGUCCCAAUGCUCACCGUAAAGGUCGUUCUCCUGCACCUGCUGCCCUUCAUAAUCAUACAAAACCUAAUGCGGAGCAUCAUGUUCAUACGCAAUCGGCAAUACCGCCUAGCUCGGAUUCUACACUUUCCCUGUCCAACAACGUUAAUAUCUAUCAUGAUGAUGCCAUCUUGGCGCAAAAAUAUGGUAAAAUGGGGAAACUUUUAGGUGCCGGAGCAGGUGGAUCUGUGAAAGUGCUUGUAAGACCUACUGAUGGAGCUACUUUUGCCGUUAAGGAGUUUAGGCCUAGGAAAUCUAAUGAAUCUGUGAGAGAUUAUGCGAAGAAAUGUACAGCAGAGUUUUGUAUUGGGUCCACACUUCGUCAUCCUAAUAUUAUCGAGACUCUUGAUAUUUUCUCCGAUUCCCAACAGAAUAAGUAUUACGAGGUGAUGGAAUAUUGUCCUGUGGAUUUCUUUGCGGUCAUUAUGACUGGUAAGAUGUCCCGUGGUGAGAUAAAUUGUUGUCUAAAACAGCUGACUGAGGGUGUCAAGUACCUUCAUUCGAUGGGGUUGGCUCAUAGAGAUUUGAAACUAGAUAACUGUGUGAUGACCGCAGACGGAAUCUUGAAAUUAAUCGAUUUUGGUAGUGCGGUAGUGUUUAGGUAUCCGAUGGAGACAGAGGUGGCUAUGGCUCAUGGUGUGGUCGGAAGUGAUCCAUAUUUGGCACCUGAAGUACUGAGUUCCACGAAACGUUAUGAUCCACAAUGUGUUGAUGUUUGGUCCAUAGGUAUUAUUUUCUGUUGUAUGAUGCUAAAAAGAUUUCCAUGGAAGGCUCCAAGGGAUUCAGAUGAAAAUUUCAGACUCUAUUGUAUGCCUGAUGACUGUGAACAUGACUAUGUAGCAUCGGCAAAACAUCACGAAGAUCUGCUGAAGGAGAGGAGGGAGAGACGUGAACACGAAAGACAUCAUACGCCAGCCCACGAACAGGAACCCAGUAGCGAAAAGGUAGAGAAUAACGUAACAAAACAAGAAAACAAAGAAACAGAGAAAGAAAAGGAAUCAAAACCAGAAGAGGCUAACCAUUCACAAUCCGAAAAGGUUGGAGAAUCAGAGAAGGAGUCAAAACCAAACGAGCCUAACCAUCCACACUCCGGAAAGGCUGAAGAACCAGCUAAAGAUGUUCAUAUACAAGAUAAAGAGGAUAACCAAACAUCAAAGGAGCCUGAAAAGAGUGUAGCCGAGAAGGUAAAUUCACGUACGCACGACUUGAAAUCUGUCGCUUCUCAUAAAUCCGGAGCAAGUCAUCACAAGAAAGUUAUACAUGGACCAUACCGUCUGUUACGUUUACUCCCCCAUGCUGCAAGACCUAUUAUGUCCCGUAUUCUGGAGAUCGAUCCCAAAAAGAGGGCAACUUUGGCCGAUAUGUACGCGGAUAGUUGGUUCAGUGAGAUUGCAUGUUGCACAAUGAGCCCAACAAAACAAGUCAUAAGAGCACCAGGCCAUCAUCACACUUUAGUUAGGGAAGAGGACGCUCAUCUCGAGACUUACAAAGUAUAA